AUGUCGUCCGAGGCUCAGCGCCAGUACGUCCCAUUGACGUGCCACGGUCACUCGCGACCCGUUCCGCACAUUAGCUUCUCUCGACUUGAAAAGGAAGACAGCUACUACAUGAUUUCGGCCUGCAAAGAUGGCAAUCCGAUGCUCCGCGACGGUGUGACGGGCGACUGGAUCGGCACUUUCAUCGGCCACAAGGGCGCUGUCUGGCAGGCUAGACUGAGCCCCGACACCUCCACGGCCGCCACCGCGUCUGCCGACUUUACUGCCAAAAUUUGGGACACUCACACUGGUGAGCUUCUGUACACGCUGCAGCAUGAGCAUAUUGUCCGCGCUGUCGCGUAUCCGCCUGACAACGCCGAUCUUGUGGCCACUGGCGGCAUGGAGAAGAAGCUGCGUGUCUUUGAUUUGUCUGACGUCCCCGGUGCUGGACGUGGCGAUGCCAUUACCAUCCCCGCCACAGCUGGCUUUGAAAUUGGCGAAGGCAUCCACGAGGGCUCCAUCAAGUUCAUCUGCUGGACUCAGGACCCCAACGUCAUCGUUACGGCCUCGGACAAGACUAUUCGCUGGCUGGAUCUUCCCACCCGUGCCUGCAUCCGCCAGGAAGUGCUGGACGGCGAGAUCCGCUCUUGUGAGAUGGUGUCUCUCGCUCCUGAGUACGCCUCUGUCACGGACAUUGGCGGUGGUAAGCCCGUGCUCGCCGUUUCCGCCGGCAAGACUGCCUAUUUCUGGGGCGGUCCUCGCGCGAUGGAGGAGCUGAAGCGCAUCGUGCUUCCCUACACCAUUGCCAGUGUGGGCCUCGACGUCAAGGGCCGCAAGCUGGUGGUCGGCGAAGAGCCCGGAACCUGGGCCAAGGUCAUCAGCUACGACACCGAGGCGGAGCUGGACGUUCACAAGGGCCACCACGGUCCGAUUUGGUCCAUUGCCUUCUCGCCCGACGGCAAGCUAUACGCGACGGCCUCGGAGGACGGAACCAUCAAGAUGUGGAAGAACUGCGACGGCUUCUACGGCCUGUGGCGAGGCGGACCUGAGCGAUCUACGGACUAG